UGUUCCCUAGCGGUAACACUUGAUAUGAAUGGAACUUUAUUUUGAAUAGUAAACAGACGACGUGGAAGUGUGUUCGACUGUGUGUUCUGUUAAAUAUGGAAUAUAUAUACCGUUUACCAUUUUUGGCAUUAGAAGUACCUAAUUUAAAGUUAAAAAAACCAUCAUGGUUUGUGAAACCGAGCGCUAUGGUGGUUUUCUCAUUUAUACUGUUUUCAUAUUUUCUGGUAACAGGAGGUAUAAUAUAUGAUGUAAUUGUGGAACCACCUGGUGUAGGCUCAACAACUGAUGAACAUGGUCAUACACGUCCAGUGGCAUUUAUGCCAUAUCGUGUAAAUGGUCAAUAUAUUAUGGAAGGAUUAGCAUCCAGUUUUCUUUUCACUUUAGGUGGAGUUGGUUUUAUAGUAUUAGAUCAAACACAUAGUCCGUCAACUCCAAAACUUAAUAGAAUUCUUUUAAUAUGUGUUGGAUUUAUUAGUGUUAUUGUAUCAUUUAUUACCUGUUGGAUUUUCAUGAGGAUGAAAUUACCGGGAUAUUUGCAAUCAUAAAUUUAAUGUGUUUAAAUUAAUGAAAUAAGGAUUUUAAUACUUUUUACAUAAUAAAUUCAUUUUAUACCAAAUGUAUCAAGAAUGUAUUGAGAAUAUUUGUAAAAUACAUUUUAAAAGGUA